AUGGACAUGGAAGCACAGAUUGCGGCUAAAGCUCGUGGAGUAACGAGGAAGAAUAUCCCGUGGGACACAUUCCGUUCGAUAUAUCUUUCUGAUUUCGGUGCAAAACCUCAACAGGAGCUGGCUGUCAACUCUAUGCGGAAGGCUCUUGGCGACCUCAAGCUGUUUUAUGGCGCUACUAAGACUCUACCUGAUGCUAACAAGAGUAAGGAGGUGCCUUCUAAACCCGACUUCGUCCUCCACGUCGGUGAAGACUCUCCUACAUGGGCGGAUGUGGAUCUUUUGUUUGAAUAUACGCGAAGCCAAGAAGCGGUCACCAAGAAAUUCUCGCAGUGGCUGCGUGGUGCCUGGAGUGUUUUCCACCAUCAACCUUUCCGCCGUCACCUCUAUGGGAUCAUGUUUAUAAAACCUCGUGCCUAUGUCUGCUACGCUGAUCACGGCUGCGCCGUGUACUCCGAACCUCUCUAUUUCGCGACGAACAUUCAGCACACUGAGUUUCUGGUGGACUUUCUUACAUGGCUCAUAGCAAAUCCAGGGUACCGUGGAAGGGAUCCGACAGUCAAAAAAGAAGACUGGCUUUAUAUUCGUCAUGCAGGGACAACAUGGGCUGAACUGCCUAAAGAAAUUAGGUCUCAGAAUCAUGCUGCCACAGACUGGGCUGACCCUCUGUGGACGGGGACGCAACGACUUCAGCGUCAAGUUACCUCCAGUCGAAGUCCUCAGGCAGAAGCGGUGGCUUAG